AUGGAAGGCGAAAUAAAGACCUUCUUACCCAAUAUUGAUCCGGUUCUAUCGGAAUAUUCUGUUGGUUACCUUACCCAUGCAUCAAAUGCAUAUGUAGAGGCAGAUCAGAAUGGCCCAUCUCCAUUAUCAGAAGCAGCAGCUUCUAUCUCGGCUCUGUUGUUGUCAGCAUCUGGGGAUCCAAGUCCGGAAAAUGAAUCAAAGAUCAAUCAAUUAGUGGGCAAAUGGGUACAGAAAUUUGAUGGCAACGGGCAAAAUAAGCAGAUCUCUUCUGUUGCCAGACGACUAGAUCAAACCAUUCAAGUUGGAGCCCAGCGGAAUAUGUCAUCUACAUUGGGUGUAUCUCUCGGAGGUGUUGACUUAGAAUCUGCAAAUGUUAGAAAAGUGGAGUCGAGAGUUGACAAGAAGAAAUUGGAGAAAGCUGAGAGAAAGAUUGCUGCCAAACAAAGCAAGAAGGAAUACAAGGCCGUCGAAUAUGAGGCUUCGAAACUUAUUAACCAACCUGAUGAUGCCCAGUCCUAUGAAGAGUUCUUCAUGGCUGUCAAUCCCUUACAACUGGGAUCAGAACAAUCGACAAAGAGCAAGGACAUCAAGGUGGACAAUAUCGAUGUUUCUAUUGGUGGCUUGAGAAUUUUGUCAGAUACAAACCUGACCUUAGCUUACGGUCGAAGAUAUGGUUUGGUUGGUCAGAACGGUAUCGGAAAGUCUACUCUGCUGAGAGCUUUGGCAAGGAGAGAAUUAGCCGUACCUACCCACAUCUCUAUUCUUCACGUCGAGCAAGAGAUUAGUGGAGAUGAUACACCUGCGAUACAAGCUGUGCUUGAUGCUGAUGUAUGGCGAAAACAUUUACUCUCAGAACAAGUCAAAAUAUCUAAGCAACUUGCAGACAUGGAAGCAGAGCGAGUCUCAAUGGCUGAUACUUCUGAACAAGCGGAGAAGCUUGACAAAGAACGCGAGGGUCUCGAUCAGACCUUGGGUGAUAUUCAAGGCAAGCUUACAGAGAUGGACUCUGAUAAAGCAGAAUCCCGAGCUGCCACCAUUUUGGCAGGUCUUGGUUUCUCACCUGAACGACAAAAGUUUGCUACCAAGACAUUCUCCGGAGGUUGGCGUAUGCGUUUGGCAUUGGCUAGAGCCCUGUUCUGUGAACCUGAUCUCCUACUUCUUGACGAACCGUCUAACAUGUUGGACGUUCCUUCUAUCACUUUCCUUGCCAACUAUCUCCAAGGAUAUCCAAGUACAGUCUUGGUAGUUUCUCACGACAGAGCAUUCCUGAACGAAGUUGCAACCGAUAUCAUUCAUCAACAUUCCGAACGUCUCGACUACUACAAGGGUGCCAACUUCGAAUCUUUCUAUGCUACAAAGGAAGAACGCCGCAAGACAGCUCAACGAGAAUACGAGAACCAAAUGGUGCAACGAUCCCAUCUCCAAGCAUUCAUCGACAAGUUCCGUUACAAUGCCGCCAAAUCCUCCGAAGCCCAGUCCCGAAUCAAGAAGUUAGAAAAGAUGCCCAUUCUCGAAGCCCCCGAAUCGGUCUACACAGUCCAUUUCAAAUUCCCCGAGGUAGAAAAACUCUCACCUCCUAUCGUCCAGAUGACCGACGUAUCCUUCGGCUACACCCCCGACAAACCCCUCCUUCGCAAUGUUGACCUAGACGUACAACUCGACUCCCGAAUUGGUAUCGUCGGACCCAACGGAGCCGGUAAAACCACCGUUCUCAAACUUCUCAUUGGCAAGCUCUCCCCUACCGGAGGACUCAUCUCGCAAAACCCUCGACUCCGCAUCGGUUUCUUCGCCCAACAUCACGUCGAUGCCCUCGACCUCACCACCAGCGCCGUCGGCUUCAUGACCAAAGCCUACCCUGGAAAAACCGACGAAGAAUACCGUCGCCAUCUCGGUGCCUUUGGUAUAACCGGUAUGACUGGUCUUCAAAAGAUGGAAUUUUUAUCCGGAGGUCAAAAAUCCCGUGUCGCAUUCGCUUGUCUCUCGUUACAGAACCCACAUAUCCUCGUCCUUGAUGAACCUUCCAAUCACUUGGAUAUUGAAGCUAUGGAUGCUCUGAGUCAAGCUCUGAAUGCUUUCCAGGGUGGUGUGCUGAUGGUUAGUCACGAUGUUACGAUGUUGCAGACGGUAUGCACAAGUCUUUGGGUUUGUGAUGAGGGAACGGUAGAGAAAUUCCCUGGAGACGUGCAGGCAUACAAGAAGAGAAUUACGGCGCAGGCAGAUGCAAGUGGUGUUGUGCAGGCCCAUUAG